AAAAAAGUGUCCAUUACAAUGUUGUAGUUUAGAAUAUAAAUGUUUAGAAUGGACCUACAGAUGAUCUGGGUGAACACGGAAUAGGUUGAGUGCAUUGAUGAAAUAGGUCAUUCUUUCUCAGUUAGAAACUGGAGUACUUUGCUGUACUGUACGUAUUCAUUUGAAAGAUUUGAAAGAUGAAUAUAGACGAUUAUUGAAACUGAAUACUUGAAUUUUUACUUAGUUACAUUUCAAGAGAAAAAACUCCCUUACAUUUUUGUUUACAAAUCUCAAAGACCAUAAGAUCUUCUUUCGGUCGAGCCAAUGCAUUUCAGUUCGUUGCUUUUUAUUAAAGUCAGUGUGAAAUGAAACUGCACACAUCUCUGUCUUUAUGGGAGGACUAAUACUGUUAAUCAGCUGCUGCAUUGCUUUUUACUCUUAUAUAGGUUUCCUUUUAUAUGCUGAGAUAUUUCAGUCCCACUGCUUUUGUAGGGAUGCACGGUAUAUCAGUAUAGGCAGAUAUUUGGUUUUAUAACAUCAGACAGCUGUUUAGACUUGACUGAUAUUUUAACCGAAACUUUGAUUAUGUAAUUAUUGUCUUCCGGAAGAGCAUAACUAAAGGUGACGCUGGGCUGCUGGACUAAAGGUAUCUGCAUUUAUAAACCUCUAAAAAUAAAUGAUGCAUUUCUCUUUAAUUUCUCUCAGUAGAAGCCUUGUUGGCAUCAUGAACAAGAAAAACCUUUGACAUCAGUCCACAUUUCCCUUAUUGAUCCAUUCCUACCUUUUUAAAGCUUUCACUCAAGUAUACUUGAGUCUUCAGACUUUGAGCUGAGUACAAUUUUAAGAAAGCACUCACACUUUGACUGAAGUGUAAUUUCUCUGUACUUCUUCCUUGAAAGGUAACCAGAACCAUUUUAUGGGCAGGAAUACUUGUGGGAGAAAUGCCUGCAUUGUGAGGAGGGUGUGUUUAGAGUGUUUAAUCGCAUUCAGGCUGAAUCGGACCGAGACAGGCUCCUGUUAGGAUGUGUGCGGACUGAGGAGACUGUAGUAAUAGUUGCAGUGUGUUGUGGGGCGGGAGGAGUGUGUGUAUAGACGAGCUCUAGACCGUCAUGUGGGCUGUUAUAAGCAGCUGGAAGAGAGAUGCGCGGAAACGGGUCGGCACGCACAGCCCAGCGAUCACCAUUCAGAGCGGAAAACAGACUGAAAACUCCCCGUGAACUUCAGUGCUGCUCCUCUGUCCCCUCGCCGUCCGCUCUCAGCUGCUCUGGCUCAGCAGAGCACCUCUCUCGCUGCUCCGAGGUAAGGCACGCUCUGCACCCGUCCGGCUUUCGUUCUUCUCCCUCUGCCUUCAGCGCGGGCACCGGGUAAUAUAAAAGACGUCGGUUGUGUUUAUUUGAGCGGCCUCCAGAGGCAGCUAAAGGUUAGGCAGAUAGCCGCCGUGUGCUACAUUAACCUCAUUUUUAGCCCGGGUUACAGUCCUCUGGCUCUGAAUGACCUGGUUUCGUUGCUCUGUUGCUAAUGCAGAUGCUCUGUGCGCUCAGUCUGGCCUACCUGUGAUAAAUAAGUCUCCUCUCAGCCCGUCGCGGAGCGGAGCGGAGUGGGCUGCGUCAGGAGUAAAAAUAACCCCAAACUCUUACAUCAGUGCGGCUCGGGGUAUUUUGAGCCGAGGACUCGAGCAUGCCGGUGUCAGUUUCUCUUUUCCGAGUGGAUGAGUAGGGUCGCUGUCUUUCAGCAUGUGGGGUAAUAAAUAACAGAAAGAAGAAGCGAGAAAACAAUGUGAGUGGAGACGCUGUGGAACUCGGGAAGCGGCAGUGCGAGGCUCUGGUGCCGCAGUGAGAGGAGUGUGGAGGAGAAAGCCUGGCUGCGGUGACAUGGCCGGGGCAGAGAAGCGGACUCGGGCUCCAGCAGCAGCCGCAGCUCACGGUCCUGAUGAAGGACUGCAGCCGAGCACCGUUCAGUCCCAGCCUGCCGUGCGGAGAGGAGCUGUGAGCGCAUGAGAUGUGGGGCGCGUUCGGGAGCGGCUCGGCUGGAGGAGGAGGAGCGGGUUAUGUGAGCAAAGCACAGGGCUGGGAGUUUGUGCCCUGCUCCAGGCCGGAGAGAGAAGGGGUCAGGAGACGGAGCCGCAGCCCAAGACCCGCUCCGGCCUCCGGAGCUCACUCCUUCGAGCCUUCACACGGACCUGCGACCAGCCCCGAGGGACAGAGCCCGUGGCGCGAGCUGCACAGCCAGCACGCGCGUCUGAAGAAGAAGCUCGAUGAGAUGAAGAGGCGCUACGGCCAGGAGAAGGACGAGUGGGCGAGGGAGAAGGAGGGUCUUUUAAGAGAAGUGGCUGAUAUACAAGGUGGAGAGAACCGAAGGAUACUGCUGGACCUGAAGACGGUUUUGGAGGAGGUGCAGCUGGAGGUGAAAAGGGAAGAAGGUAAACGGAGCGAGCUGCAGCUGCAGUACACGAAGGACCGCUGCGCCUGGGAGCUGGAGAGAGCAGAGCUGAAAUGCAGGAUCGCACAGUUGGAGGCCAAAGGACAUAGUGCAGUGGUGGGAACGGUGAAGAAUUCCGAGACUGGAGACACGCUGAGAAGGGAGCGAGAGGUGCAGAGGAGGCUGCUGGCAGACACCCAUACUGCAGCAAUGGACCUGCGCUGCCGCCUGGAGCAUAGUGAGAGAAGCUGGAUGAGGGAGAAAUCCGAGCUGCUGGAACGAUUUGACUUGGAGAGGAAGGAGUGGGAGAGCCAGCUCAGAGACAUGCAAUGCAAAAUUGAGGAGCUGUAUAAUGAAGUGAAGGUCCAUCGAGAGAGAGGUGCUAUUGGACCAAAUGCUGACACACAGAGGCAUGCUAUAAGGCUCAGUACACGUUCCCCCAGCACUGUGUCCAGUUCUCUGACUGACCCCUCAGAAGCCCACGGCAGCAGCUACUCUGAGCCUCUCACCCAGCACAGCCAUAGCAGCACUGAAUCCAGUCGAAACUGCAGUGAACCAAAUGACCAGCACUGCAGUGUUCAGACUGAACCAUCAAAGCAGCGCAGUUCUGGGAAGUAUGAGCAUGGGGAGCUCGGGGCCAUUAAUACUGCAGAGCUGGAGGACAUUCUGCAUGGCUGUCUCAGUAAAAGACUUGGGAAUGAGCCUAUGUCUAUAGGACAAGAGGAUCUCGUCAGCCCCUUCGAAAGGUUUCAGAGCGCGGACAUCAGCUGUGCAAGUGAUAAAAAAAAAAACACAAUGGCCCUCAAUGCUGCUCUUAAAGAAAUAGCAAGGGUAAGUGAGGAACUGUGCAGCUACCAGGAUGAGAUCAGAAAAAGGCCUGAUGUCAAGAGAAGCUGCACCGAGUCAGUUUUCUUUCCAGAAGAGAUUGGGGUGACAGAGAAGGACGAACUGGAAACGGGAUCUGCAGAUUUCAGCUUGAAUGAAUGGUGCAAAGCCCUUGACAACCAGAAAUGGAUCAACUGGGAGGACAUCAAAAAGGAAUCCAGCAGGGCAGAGAGUGACACUAAGCUGCCUGUGAAGAGAAGACAAGCACCUCCCAUCCCUGUCCGGAGCACGUCUUGGUACCUGAACAGUCCCCCUGCUAAAGAAAUAGAGUCCAGUGCCCCAGAACUACUCAUAGACAGAAGGUGUCAAAGCCCUUGCAUUCACAGAAAGUGCAACAGCCCCUCCAUAGUCCGUAAAUUUGAGGCAAUGCUACAAGAGAACGAGGGAAAGAUUCUGACAGACUCUGGGAUCGUGUCCUGCUCAGUGCCUCUUGAUUCCAAGUGCAAUAUCAGCUGCUGCCAGAGCCGAUGGUCCUGUGAUGGAAGCAGGUUUGGCAGCAGCAAGUCAUCCACAUAUGUGCCUGUCCAAAAAUGCCUCUCAGAUGUUAACAUAGUGGCUGCAGGGGCUGAGUGUAGUCAAAACCAAAUGGAUGCAGAGAAUAAACAAAACCUGAGGGGAGAGCAUCAUCUAACAGACUCCUCACACAAGGGCACAGCUACAGACUCUGCACAGACUCUGGACAUAACCAUGCCUUGCAUCAAUACCAAAGUGUCUAGAAGAAAUGAGACAUUAGAACGGAAAACGGCUGAAUUCAACCGUAUGCUCUUUCAGGCAGGCAUGGGUUUUCAGUACAGUGAGGAUGGUCUCGGCUCCACAGAUGUGCACUGUGCAUUUGACAGUACUACUGCCGUUCCAUCUUCUUAUUCUGAGGACAAUCCAGCUGAUGUGCAGUCUGAUCUUGUGGUGCAGAAUCCAAAGGGCAAAUGUGGAGAGACUGCUCCUCAGACAUCACCACAGUUAAAGCACCAAACAAGGGACUCUAUUUCUGACCUUCCACCUCUGCAGCAGGAUGUUAAAAUGAAGAAAGUAACCUCAGACCUAUCAGAGCAUCCAGUAGUGAAGCAUAAGGACUUUGUACGCCUGCCAGCACACACAGAAGACAAAGAAUUGAAGCCUUUGUUCCUGCAGAACAGGACAUCUGCCACUCAGUUUGAUCCAGGUCUGACAAUCAGUCCUUCUGAUUUAGAUGCAAGUCCAUCACAACUGAAACAUCAGACCGAUAAGCUGAGUAAAGGAAAGUUUGUUGGUUCAGAUCCCCAUCCUGCUGAAACAAAGUCUAAACAGCCUGAACGUCCAAAGCAGGACAUGUCCACCAGGUCAAGAGUUUUAGACGAAAAUCCUUGGAAACCUAUGACUCUGGCUGCUUACCCUCGACCGGUAGAGUCCCGCUCCAAUUAUGGGGCAGUGGAGAGGAUUUUGAAGAGCUAUGAAAAUAUGGGAAGAUCCCAACAAGACACCUACUUGCAGUCCAGUCCAGGGAAGGAGGAGGACCUCAUCGAGCUUUUGGAUAUGCUGGAAAUACAGCAUCAGUCUAGAUCCAAUCAAAGAUUUGCACAUACACCUCACCACCAGGCUGUAACCCACAAAGAGGCACAUGUGACAGUGAAGCAAAGCAAAGAGUCCACAGUAAGUGCCAAGAAGAGUUUCUCACGUCCAGCUUGUCCUGCAAAAAGACGUCCGCCCUCACGCUGGGCUAACCGCUCUUCCUCCACCUCAUCUACAUCCUCUCCCUCACCUUCACCAACAGCACAACCCACAAUCACCACCCCACGGCAAACGUUCACCUACUCCUCCUUUCAUACAGAGACCGUCAUCAUGUGAGAAUGUAUGAGAAAUAUGAUUCGUCUAUGUGGCACACGGGCUAACUGUCAACAGUGCUUUCCCAGCUGAAUGUUGCUUCAUCUCUUCCUGAUUACCUUUGUACAUACCAACAAUGACUGUUAGUCUAGCUCAGUUUGUUAAGUUACAGCGUGGCAUACUGUUGCUUUGCUUUAAUCACAAGUUUUCUGUAAUCAUCCUAUGAAGCAUAUCUGUGUAUAUUUCCUGCUUGAAUCAUGAAAUGCAGGAGCCGUUUUCAUGAUUCAUGCCAAAGGCUGUGUUCACAAACCAAUGAUGAGAUUUGCGUUCUUUGUACCUGAAAACUGCCGUGUUAUUUCUCCUCAUGCUUUUUAGAUGUUUCCUAUAUGUGAGGCCUAGUUUUUUUUUUUUUGUAACCUUACCCAAGUGUAAUAGUGCUGAUAAUUUCACUGAUAUCAUUUGUUAUACUUUUCCUGACUCUUAUUUAAGAAAAUAGUUGACUUGUAUUAAUAAGAUAAGCAUUACAAACUCCCUCUAACUGGUUGUACUGAGGUGAGACAUAUCAUUGAAGUAAAGCCUUUACAACCUCUAUUUCCUAGUAAUAAUAUCUCAAAUGCAAUGGCUUUUAUCAGGUCGACACAAAUAAAGUACAGAGUACAACGCCCCA